CCAAUAUGGCGACACGCUGAGUAGAAUUUGUGCAAAGCGUUGCUAGUUGCUAAAUCAUUUCGGCUAUAUUGAAGCUAUUUUGUUUGCUUGGUGUUAUUACUGUAAGACAGUUGUUCAGGUAUACAUAUUUUCUUAAAUAACUUCAAGAUGUAUCGUCGCGGAGCCGCAAAGAAGGACCCUAACAACAAACCUGUGAAGAAGGACGUGAGCGACAGCGAUAAAUACGCCGAUAUCUUGGUUUUCGGUUAUGCCUGCAAACUGUUCCGAGACGACGAAAAGGCUCUUUACCACGAACAUGGAAAACACCUAAUCCCAUGGAUGGGAGACAAGAGCAUCAUGAUUGAUAGAUACGAUGGGCGGGGUCACUUACAUGACCUUUCAGACUAUGACAGCGGGUCAUGGAAUACAUCCUACCAGCUGUCAGAGGAAGAGGCGAGGAUUGAGGCGCUGUGUGAUGAAGAGCGGUACCUGGCUCUACACACCGACCUGCUGGAAGAAGAGGCAAGACAAGAGGAAGAAUACAAACGUUUAAGUGAGGCUCUGGCUGACGAAGGCACUUACAACGCAGUGGCUUUCAAAUACAGCGCUGACUACUAUGAUCCCUCACAGCCCACAGAGGAAGAGGACGCCAAAAGAGAACAUGAGGAGGCAGAGCCUGAGGAAAGUGAAGAACCAUUUGUUGCCCCCCCAGGACUUGCUAUCCCACCAGAUGUAGAGCUGAUGAAACACAGUGACUCCUACUUUCUUAUGCUUGAUAGGAACGAACAAAACAGCAAAUGUUUGUCAUGGGAGUCAAGUUCAGAAGAUUCUGAUGAUGAUGGAGAUGGCAACUACCUUCAUCCUAGUCUUUUUGCUCCAAAGAAAUGUUCUCGUCUAGAGGAGCUUACAAAGCCUCUUAAGGUCAUGGACCCGGAUCAUCCCCUCGCAGCGAUUGUACUAAAGGCUCAACAGGAAAGAAAUGGAACAGCACCUGCAGUCGCCCCUCCUGAGGAACCAGCACCCGCUCCCCCAGUCCAGUACUCUGCUGACCCUGUCUACUACGGGUAUUACAUGCUUCCAGAUGGCUCAUACUGCUUAGCCGCACCUCCACCAGGUGUAGAGGCCUCUUCAUACUACAACAAUAUGACUUCAGCUGUCGCUUCUGCUCCUGCUUCUUCUGAGGCUUCGUCCCAGAGUGAGAGCACCUCAACACCUGCUGUAACUGUCACAGUGGCGCCGCAGGCGACGGCUCCCUCACAGGUUUCCACUCCAGCUGAAACUCCUGCUGUUGCCACCAACGUUCCAGAAAUCAGUAGCUCUAAAGUUGAAGCUCCAGUUUCAACACCCGCACCAGCCAUCAUUCCUCCACCACCAGACAUCCAGCCAGUCAUAGACAAGCUGGCCGAGUAUGUGGCGAGGAACGGCCUGAAGUUUGAAGCCAGUGUCCGUGCUAAGAAAGAUCCAAGGUUUGAUUUUCUUCAGUCUUGGCAUCAGUAUAACGCCUAUUACGAGUUCAAGAAGAAUUACUUCUUGCAAAAGGAAGGAAAAGCCUUACCAGAGUUUGAGUCUACAAAUGAAGAUAAGCUCCAAUCAGACAGCUCGGCCAACGAUGCCCAGCUCAAUAAAGCCUCUUUUGCCCCCAUCUCUUUUGCGAUAAAACCAAAGGACACUGACAUGCUUCCCUUCGAGAAGAACAGAGUACGGCUGGAUGAUGAUUCAGAUGAGGACAAGUUGUUGGAAGAGCAGGGGCUGGAUGCUUUGAUGGUUGGAGCUGUAACGGUGGAAAAAGAACCUUCUCCCGCCAUUGCACCUGAAGAAAAGAAACCUGCCCUUACAUUAGAAGAGCUGGAAGCAAAACAAGCCAAGCAGAAACUGGAGGAUCGUCUCGCAGCUGCAGCUAGGGAGAAGCUGGCCCAGGCAUCCAAGGAGUCCAAGGAGAAACAGCUGCAGGCGGAGAGGAAGAGGAAAGCAGCGCUCUUCCUGCAGACGCUUCGCAGCCCAAUCGCUGGGGAGCCUGAGGCCAAGAGAGCAGAGUUAGAGUCAUAUACACAACAAGAGCUGCAGGAAGCCUACUCUGUCCUGUCUGGUUCUUCAUCUCCUCAAGUGUACAAUACACCACCUGUGAUAGCUAAGGAUCAAAGAGCACCUCUGGAGAUCCAGGGAGGGAACAAAAUAAGGGAGCUCCAAACAAGCUCAUCAUCAUCAUCAUUAUACUCUUCGGGCAAAAGCACAGAGAGACACAGAAACAGAGAUCGGGACAGAGAUCGAGACAGAGAACGAGCAAGAGACAAGGAUCGGGAAAAAGGGAGGGACAAAGAGAAAAAGAAGAAAAAGCACAGAAGAAGGUCACGAUCAAGCUCAAGGUCAAAGAGCGGACACUCACUUCCUAGUUCCUACAAAAGGGGCCGCAGGUCUCGAUCCCGCUCGCGUUCCCCUGGGAGGAGAGACAGGAGGGCAGCAUCGCCUGAAAAGAGACGUGAGGAGAGAGAUCGUUAUCAUCACAGCAGCCAGUCGAGCUUGCCCAGGGGCCAUUCAAGAUCCAGGUCCCCUUCAGAGCCAAAAAGAAAAGCGUUUUCUUUGUCGGGACAGAUACAAACUGCAGGAACCUCCGUCUCUCCGUAUUCCUCACCCAGAGUUUUCUCUCACUCAGUGAGCCCUGCGUCCAGCCUUGGCCAUUCAAGGGGUGGUUCUCAGGAGAAAGACAAGGCAGUGUCUUCGUCCAUAGUUUCCUCUGUGCAGUCAAAAAUAACUCAGGAUCUAAUGGCCAAAGUGCGAGCCAUGCUUGCUACAUCAAAGACCCUCCAGCCUCCCACUUCCUAAAAACGAUAUAUCUGCAUUCUGAACCCGCUGCAGCCUCCCGUCGGUCAGAGGGCGCCGUUCUCCAAUUUCCUGGAGAUUCAUCUUGCUCUCGUCGGUGUUUAUCAGCAACAUCUUUAUCUAUGAUUUAUUAUUUCAUUUAUGUUUCAGCUCCAGCAGACACUGUUUGGCUACAGAAUGUCCUCUGUGGCGUCGUAGGAGUGAAGUAAGCUGGAGCUGUAAGCGUCUCCUUUCACACCUGAGUGGAGAAAGCGGCUCAUUUACUGGGAGAUUAAGACACAGUUGUUAUGUUUCGACGCAGCGAGAAUCAAUUGGGGAAAUAAUCCAUGUUAUUUUUCAUUGUGUUUUAUGAUAAACCCGUAAAGGAUGUCAGUCAUUUCUGCAGCGUUAUGCAAAGCUGUGGCAAGUGUAAUUAUCUCCUUCUGUGAAGGUUUGUGUUUGAUAAUUUCAUUUUCCUUACAUAUCUGCUUUCCUCUGCUUCCGUUUCUUCCAAAAGCCUCUCCUCUCUCGCUCCAUUAUUUCACCAUUCAACCGAAGAAGUGGUUUUAAUUUUUUAUUCGGCUGUACUGCGUGGCCUUCUAUUUCUGUUCCUGGUUUGUUCUGUAAUGAAUUUGAUGCAGGACACUUUGUAAACUGAAAACCUAAAUAAAGUUUCUGUUAU